UAAAGAGUUCAUGUUUCUCUCUACUUCCUGAUGUUCAUCUAUUUUACUGUACUUCGUGAUUGUGUGUGCUCGACUACGAUCUUGGUGUGCAACCUCGGGACCGGCCAGCCGGCAGGAGUUGUACAACACGUUAUCAGCACGAGCCUCUAUCCCGAGCCUUCAUCGAGCCUCCCCCAAGCAGGCUCUCAACACAAAUCACGGAGGGCUUUUGGCCACAAAACUCUGUCCAGCAGAGCCCCGUUCGUCCUCCCUAAACUGAGGCGCUCCCGAUAUCGUCCUCCCGACGCCCGAAACUCAACAGCCGGAUCGGGGAUCCCGAAAGCAACGACUCCAACGGAAUCCGUCCUGCUCGCGCCAAGGGUGCUUCGAUGGAUAGCUAGGGUAGUCCCAUGGGUUUGUACACAAAUUUGUUGAGUGAAGGAUAUCUUCAAGAAGCUUGGGGCCAAAAUUUGAGCAGUCAAUUUGGAGCUCAGCCAAUGCAAGCUGAAGCUCCUACUCCUCUAGUAAAAGCAAAUAACAAGAGGAAAGGAAAUUUCAGUGAUAAAGAAGAUGAAGUGUUGGUGGCUGCAUGGUUGCAUGCUAGUAUGGAUCCAAUAGUAGGUACUGAGCAAAAGAGUGCAACUUAUUGGAAUAGGAUCCAUGAGGAGUAUGAAUUGCACAAGCCAGAAGGUAGUGACCGCAGUGUCAAUUCCUUAUCACAUCGUUGGUCCGUUCUGAAAGAACAAGUGGGUAGGUUUUGUGGAUGUUACAAUCAAAUUAUGCAUAGGCACGAAAGCGGGAAGACAGAGCAAGAUAAGAUUGUUGAUGCUCUCAAAUUGUUCAAGUCACUAGAUAAGACCCAUAAAGGGUUUGUGCUACUGCAUUGUUGGAACAUGCUGCGUUUCGAACAAAAGUGGUUGGCUCAAUCUGAUAGGUCAUCUCAAAGUAAUAAAAAGCAGAAGUCAAGCUCAAAUGCAAGUCCGAGUAUGUCUACUCAUGAAACCAACACGGUCCAUAUUGAUGACUUUGAAGCUACAUCUCCGGCCAAAGCGGAUCACAUGAAGAGACCUAUUGGGAAGAAGGCGGAGAAAGAGCGGCAACAUCGAGGUAAAAAUGUUACCUCUUCAGAUGAUAGUAAUGUUGUCAUGGCAUUGGAUCUUGUGUUUUCAAAGGGGGAGGCAAGAGAGAUGGCAAGAGAAAUGGCAAGAGAAGCAAGAGAGAAUGCAAGAGAGGCAUCAAAGAAAGAGCGUUAUGAAGGAGCACUUGCAAUGGAGCAAAAGAAGAUUGAAAUUGAGGAAAGGAAGAUGGAAAUGGAAAUCAUGAACAAGGACCUUAGUUCUUUGGAUGAUGACCAAAAAGAAUACUACAGGAUGUUAGGGCGUGAUAUCAUUGACCGACGAUCUAAAAGAUCGAUUUGAGAUCUAUGGAUUAUGUUGUUGUAUGAACUAUUUGAGGUUUAUGUUGUUGUAUGAACUA